AUGCGCUGCGUAUUCCCGGCGCAUCACUCAGAGAAGCCCUGUAAAGGGGCGGCGCUGCUGGUGGUGUGGAUGAUUGCGAAAGCGUACCCAGACCACCGGUGCGAAAGCGCCAAGAGGAAUACCGGGGGGUUUUUAGUGGGGCGGUACCGUCGGGAGACGGAGAAUCCGCCACCACCGCACCGGUUCAGCCGGGGGUGGUCAGCCCCGUGUAUCUGGGGGGGGGGGGGGACAACGGAAGGCCAGAGGGGAGUAGGAGAAGAUGUUGUUGUGAGAGGAGAGAUAGUGAAGGAGGUGGGACUGGAGACCAAAGUGGUCCCGGUAAGAGCUCGCCGGAGUAUGGAGAUCGAUCCGGCUAUGGACGAUGAAUUGUCCAUGCUUGCCCGCGAGAUCGACAGCUCACUUUCGCGGUCGACUUCGUGUGCAAGUAUGUUAUUCAGUGAGGAUGAGGACUUUUUGGAGCGUCCUCGCUCCAGGCGCAAAAGGCGCCAUUCGAGAAGUGAUGAGGAGUCGUCAGUUGUCGAAAGCGACUCACAAACCUCGGCUAAGAGGAAGGGAAAGGCUGGGAAGGCAAAAGCCCCCAGCAGCGCAGAGCAGUUCCGUGUCGCUCUGUACGAAGGAGGAAACACCGUUCCGCCCAAGGCUAUUUCACCUAAGGCCACGGGCCGAUAUGCAGGACUGUCGCAGGCGAGGGCCGACCUUGCCGAAUAUGUCGAUAGAGAAAUGGAGAAAGAGGCCGCAGAGGCCGUUGCCGGCACUUCGAAACCAGUGACUCGCCAUUACAACAUAUUCCCCGUGGAGGAAAUUAAGCGAGCAGACGUCGUCGGAGCCGAAAUGGAUGAAUGUGCCAGAAACGUUUUGGAGGCCGUCAAAAAAUCUGGCCACUUGAAGGGUACGAUUAUAAAGACGAUCAAAGAGAAUAUAACGACCAUCCGCAGAAACACGGAGUGGUUCGUUGACCGGACGAACACGGCCGAAUGCGCUGAUCUGCGCAAAGACAACGCCCGGUUGGAGGCUGAAUUGAAGGAGCGGCAAAUUAUGUUGACCGGCAUCCGCGAGGAGUCGGUCAGAAGCGCCGUCGAGAUGAGGGCCCUUCGCAAGGCAGUCGCUAACGCCCCAAACGCGAAAGAGGUGCUCGAGCUUAGAGCCGAGAGGGAAAACCUUGAGCGUCAGGUUCAGUCAUAUGUCGACGAGACCAUAGACCUGAAGAGGAGAUUGCUGGAGCAGAGCGUUGAGCUCCGCAAGCUUAAAAACCAGCUACAAGAGCUGCAAGCCUCGUCAGUGCCGCAGCGUGCGCCUGGUGAGGCUACCAAGGACAAGACAUGUGCUGCACCGGCCCCUAUACAGCCGGUCGCGGCUUCUCCAGAUGAGAGCCUGGAGGCGAGAAUUGUACGGCAGAUCGGAGACAUGUUUAAUGUCCGACUUGCCGCAAUUGAGGAACGGCUCGCACAACCCGGCAAGAGGAAGCCGGCACGCAAUGCGAAAGCCGCAAGGAGUGCCUCGCAAUCCGCUCCGCGAGCACCGAAGGCACCAACCCAGAGUAGGGACCGGGCAACUCAACCGGUUCCAGCUGGCGAUCCGGGCACGAGUCGCGCCCCGCCGCCGUCCGCUACGUCGGAAGAAGACCCCAGCGAAGGAGGCCCCGCCAGUCAGGCGGCACAAGAGAAGACGGCGCCUGCCACGGCACCGGCGCCGAAGCCAAAGAAGAAGAGGAAGAGAAGAUUCCGUCUUCCGCGCUCGCAGGCAGUCGUUAUCACUCUGCAGCCCGGCGCGGAAGAAAAGGGUAUAACCUAUGCGACAGUGUUCCGAGAGGCCCACAGCAAGCUCUCACCGACCGAACUCGGAAUCACCGAUGCCAGGUUCAGAUUAGGCGCCACAGGGUCGCGUAUACUGGAGGUGCCAGGCGCCGAUUCAGGCGACAAAGCAGACCUGCUGGCCAAUAAGCUGGCAGAGAUCCUGCCGGAGGGGGCCGUCAAGAUUUCCAGGCCGAUCAAGUCGGCUGAACUGCGAAUACGGAAUCUUGACGACUCGGCUACACCUGCCGAGGUCAUUGCCGCGGUUGCGCGGGAAGGUGGUUGCGACGAGGCCCUCAUCAAGACGGGGGAGAUCCGUCGCGCUCCCUCGGGAGUCGGCUCCAUAUGGGUUCGCUGCCCAGUAAGUGCUGCCAAGGCCCUGUCCAAAGCCGGCCGGGUAAAAGUGGGCUGGGUAAUGGCUCGGGUUCAGACAUUAGAACCGAGGCCCAUGCGGUGCUACCGCUGCUUGCUCUCUGGGCACGUAGCGCAGUGGUGCACCGCCAGUGUGGACACCAGCGGGGGCGUGUUGUGCUUCCGCUGCGGAAAAGCGGGCCAUAAAUCCGCUCAGUGUACUGCGCAGUCGCCAGCUUGCGGUUUCUGCGCCGCGGAAGGUCGAAAAUCCGACCACAGAGUAGGCAGCACAGCAAAGUGCCGUCCACGGAAGGCUCGAGCUCCGGCGCGAGAUAGCCGUGUAGGCGGCGAGGCGAUGGAUACCUAG